AUUUUUCAGUCGAAGAAAUAUGACACAAAUCGGCACGGGAGAGAGCGCAAUUUGUUUCUGUCUCAUGCAAACACUGCGAUUAUCGUGAAAAAAUCACGGACAUAGUCGAACUUGGCAGAUUUAUUGAUUGGCUUUUGGAGGACUUGCAGCGAUUACAACCUUUCCUCAAGGCGGUUUGGAGAUACAAGUUACAUCUGUGCAUUUGUCAACGAAUAAAGCUAGUUAGGAAAACUCAUACGAGUAUGUUUGGGAAGAAUAUAGCCUACUGACAUUAUGAGGAUACAACGGGGUCAUUAAAAUUGAUGGGAGUUGGACGAAAAGUGCAACUGUUCGAUUGAUUGAGCAGGAGCGAGGGUAUUGCCGUCCCCAGUGCACAUGGACUUGCUAUCUGGGAAAGAGACCAAUGCAUCCUGUUGUUCUAAUGGAAUAAUAUCUGCACAUUCUGGAUAGGAAUGAUCUGCCUGUCUAUUGUUCUACACAUCUAAAUAUUUGAGCGCAUAUAUUGGUGAAUCAACUGGACUUCAGUUUGACAGCGUUGGGACGCAAUAACGACGCACAUAUAACAAGGAUUAAAGAUUAGAUAUUCAUACAGAGAGAAGAUGCCGUUCCACCAUGUGACGGCAGGCCUGCUGUACAAGGGGAAUUACUUGAGCCGGUCUCUGUCGGAGAGGAGUGACAGUGACCAGCUCGCCAGCAUCUCCGUGGAGGAGCUCGACGAGAUCCGAGAGGCUUUUAAAGUGCUGGAUCGCGAUGGGAACGGCUUCAUCUCCAAGCAGGAGCUGGGCAUGGCCAUGCGCUCGCUGGGUUACAUGCCUAGCGAAGUAGAACUCGCCAUCAUCAUGCAGAGACUAGACAUGGACGGUGACGGCCAGGUGGAUUUUGAUGAGUUCAUGACAAUCCUGGGCCCCAAGCUUCUGUCAUCAGAGACACGAGAGAGUUUCCUGGGACACACAAUAGACAGCAUAUUCUGGCAGUUUGACAUGCAGAGGAUAACGCUGGAGGAGCUCAAGCACAUCCUCUUCCACGCCUUCCGGGACCACCUCACGAUGAAGGACAUCGAGAACAUCAUCAUUAAUGAGGAGGAGAGUCUCAACGAGAACUCUGGGAACUGCCAGACAGAGUUUGAGGGAGUCCACUCCAAGAAGAACAACCGGCAGACGUGUGUGCGCAAGAGCCUCAUCUGCGCCUUCGCCAUGGCCUUCAUCAUCAGCGUCAUGCUCAUUGCAGCCAAUCAGAUGCUGCGGAAUGGCAUGGAGUAGCACAUCACUGUGAUUGCGGGGCCCCCAGCCUGCAUGUGCAUGCUCAGUGCGUUAUACAGGUCAUUUCUCUUUUUUUGCCAAAAGAAGAAGAAGAAAAUACAAACCAGAUCGGAAUUAAGAAAAAAAAAAAAUCAAACACCUCACUGAUGAAAGAAUGAAAGAAAGUGAGAGAAAAAAAACAAGGAACCAUUGUUUUUCUAUCCAAGAGGUAUUUUUUCCGGUCAGGAGUUUGUUUGUUUGUUUGUUUUGUUUGUUUAUUAUUUAAUUUAUUUCCUAGGGAGUGAGUGACAAACCAGUGUGGGUCAGACUGAAGCCAGCAGGGGGCAGGGUGUCUCCACAGAGACCCAACCCACGCCCCCCACCCCUUUUUCCCACCUCUCUGGCAGGGACAUCUAAGGGCUGUUCCCUCAAUGCAAUAAACCACAGGAGCGUGGAAUCAACCUCCUGUCCACCACCGGCCACCAUGUUCUACACUCAAUGCUGGUCCAGCCUGCGGUUUGGUGCAGCCCAGCCAUGGACUGAACCACCAUAGGGGAAUUGGCGAUGUGUUUUGUGCUUUUGGAAAGAGCACUGAAACACACACACAAACACACACACACACACACACACAAACAUAAUCAAGCACACAAGUUUGCAAUGUCCCCUCCUGCGUCGCUAUUUGUCACAUAGCCAUUUUAAUUCCAUCUGGGAUACUGACUUCUACAGAGCUACCUGGAGACAGGCCUUUCUCUUUCUUUCUUUCUCUCUCUCUCUCUCUCCCUCCCUCUCUCUUUCUCUCACUUGCUUUCUCUGUCCCUCUGUCUGCCAUCAUCUUUUUGUGUUUGGAUUUUCUUCUUCUAUUAUUUUCUCUGCUCACCCACCAGUCCAUAUUUGAUCUUUCGCCGUGUGACGUGACGUUGAAAACGAGGACACUUCAGACGAGGACAGCGUGCUCGGCAUGCCAAAGACUGGAGAUUGUGUGUGGGUGGAAGUGCGGCUCGGCUCGGCUGGGCUCGGCGCUACCUCUGGGCCUCGUACUGUUUUCUUCCCGCCCAUUUCCCGGCCUCCACACUGAGACUGACAUUUCAACAUCUCGCUCUCUCGCUCUCUCAUGACGUUGAGCAGGAGGUUAACACUCACUCAACACACUUUUUUUUACUUCUUCUUUAGUUGUCUGCCUCAAAUUUAGCCUUUGUCUGGUGCAUCCUUCCGCCAACACAAACCCAUCUCUUCCCCAUGUAAAGUACUGUGGAUGCCGUGGUGUGGAUGUACGUAGAGUAGCCGGGCUGGUGUGUGUGUGUGUGUGUGUGUGUGACCUGCUACGCCCACCUCAACCACCUGUGUCCGGCGCACCAGCCUCUUCCCACGGCAUGGCAGCGCUGAGGCCGGACGAGCGCCUGUGGGUCUCCGUGGCGAUCGAGUGCCUGAGGUCGGCGCUGAUGUCCAGACUAGGGAUGAACUGAACUUGUCUUGCAGUGUUAGAACAGUCGGGCCUGUGUGCUUCUCCUUUAAAACCAACGCUCCUUGGUUAACAAAGCCAGUCUUUUACUGUAUUGUGUUGGGAUUAUCAUUACCUGAGCACCCUCUCAUCCCCAUCCCCUUCCUGUGUAAAAUUCUCACAAUAAUACUUAGACCACCUUUAAUUGCAUGCAAUGUCGUGAAAGUCUGUAUAUGUAUGCCCCUACAUAUAGUAUAUCCAUGUCAGGGCAGAUGUAUGUCUGUGUGUCCGUGCAUGACUGUCGAUCCCUCCAUACACACUCUGCUCAGGCAGUGUCUCAGAGGUCUGGGUGGGGGUGGUGGGGGGGGUGGUGGUGAGCGACUGAGUGAGGGUUUAUGGUCCGCUACCACCACCACCGAGAGUCCACCACCACUCUGAGUGCCUCUGACUGAAGCCAUAUAAAUCUGCACAGACGUACCUAAGAACACACUCUGUGGGAGUGCGAUCUUCCGCUGCGACUGGGAAAUGGGGAGAUGGGGAAGAAAAACAAAAUGUCAUUUGGCAAAGGGAAAUGUGGCGGAGAGUGCUGAAUUACCCUUUUCUACUGUAAAUGUCAGCACCCCAGUAUGAACACACAGAGAGGGAGAGAGAGAGCAGGGAGAUGAGGGGGUGGGAGGGAUAGAUUGCAGUACUGCAGCUCUACCUGCUGGCGCAGAGGGGAACUUGAUGUUUAGAAGAGAAACAAUAUCAUUCAGGAUUAUGAAUGAGUACGGACCAGCUGUUUUUGGUAGAGUUCCUUUUCAACACUGUUUAGUGCAAUAGAAUGUAUUGGAUUGUGAUAAAAGUUAUCAAAUGAAUGCAUAUAGUACAUUGUAUACAAGCUUACCAGGCUAAAGAAGUAUUAUGAUAAUUAAAGUGAAUAUGGAAUGUUUUUGCAGAAUUUUGAAUGUAAUGCUAAAGGUAUGGCAGGACUGCAUUGGAUCUUUGAGAUUUUCUGCUCUGGGAAAACCAAUUUAAACAACAUCAGGCAAGAGGAGCCCACCUGGUGUUUCUGUCAGUGCACUCAUUUUCUCCGGUGUCUCUUGCAGUUAAAGAUUUCACAUCUCUAAGUAGCUUUAGCGCAAAUCACUCUGGACACGAAUAGCAAACGGCACAGUGGAGUCUUUCUUUCUGUGAUAAAGUGUCACUUGCAUUCAGUGCAUGUUUCAGGAAUCAAUAUUUGGCAGGCCGGAAAUUAAGCAAUGAGUUUU